AUGGUGUCUUCUUAUCUCGGGUUGCUGCUCCGGUGCAGCAGAUCGGGUAGUAGCAAAACAGGAGGCGCGGCAAUGGCAGACGCGGUGACUGGCUCGGGUGCCGCGGAAGGGUGCUCGUGCUGGUCGAGGGGCAACGGCGUCAGGCGUCGUGGAUCGGCAAGGCAGAGCGGCGAGCGUAAAGGAGCGAAUCCGCUGGGGAAGAAGAACAGUGAGAAACUCAACGGCAACCAGAAUGCAUUCGCUUGUCCCAUAUGUUUUGAGCCGCUAACGUUCACUGGCGAUCCAGUGUUGUCUGUGAAUUCUGCGUCCGGGUCUACUUUGCAGUGUUGCACCUGUAAGAAGGCCUAUGUGGGCAAUGAAACUCAUUUUGAUCUUACAACAACCGGUGGAACCAAGGAAUAUGGUGAACCCGUGCCCUUUGCUAGCGAGCUUUUCAGGACUCCAUUGGUAUCGUAUCUGUACGAGAGGGGAUGGCGUCAAUAUUUUGGAAGUUUGGCUGGUUCUCGGGGUCCAGAGAAAGAGUUUGAAUUGAUUAUGGGAUUCCUCAAGCCAGUAUUGGGAGGAAACAUUGUCGAUGCAAGUUGCGGGAGCGGUCUGUUUUCAAGACUAUUUGCCAAGAGUGGACUGUUCUCUCGCGUUAUUGCUCUGGACUACUCCGAAAAUAUGUUGAAGCAGUGUUAUGAGUUCAUUCAGCAGGAGGAGAAUUUUCCAGAAGAGAACUUUGCAUUGGUCAGAGCCGACAUCUCUAGACUUCCUUUUGCUUCGAGUUCUAUUGAUGCUGUGCAUGCUGGUGCUGCUUUACAUUGUUGGCCUUCGCCAUCAACGGCAAUUGCUGAAAUCAGUCGAGUUUUACGGCCAGGCGGAGUUUUCGUCGCGACUACAUUCUUGCUUGAUGGUCCUUUUGCAUUGUUUCCUCUUCUGAGGCCUUUAUGCCAGAUUUCAACUCAACUAACUGGCAGCCACAUAUUCCUAUCUGAAGGCGAGCUAGAAGGUCUUUGCAGAACCUGUGGGCUGAUCGGCGUUAAAUUUGUGAGGAACGAGCGAUUCGUCAUGAUCUCCGCUUCCAAACCCAGCUGAGAUUCCGGAUGCAGGUUCAUCGGUUACUUUGAAUAAAUGGAGCAAACA